AUGAGCGCUUCCCCCGAUGGUGCGACUGCGGUAGCCGCGCCUGCAGAAUCCUCUCCUCCCCCAGCCACCGUCAAUGCCGAAACCAUCGCCCAAGGCAAGGAAAAAGCAAAGGAGAUCCUCGCGGCAUCCGGUAUUGAUGUCACAAAGGAUGAUGCAGCGGCAGCAGCCAAAUAUGAUACCACAAAGGAUGAUACUGCUUUAGAACCCAAUGGCCAGAGCGAAAGUCCCGGCGCGAAUCGAAAGCGCAAACGCGAAACCCCCAUUGAUCGUAUCCAAGCAGACGAGUAUGUUCAGCGCGAAUAUCACUACAAAGCCCUCUUAGCAGAACAGCUCAAUCACCCCGUACCGGCGCAAGAAAAGAGGCAAGAGCUCACAUUUUAUCAAAAUCUCCGACCACGACGAGAACAUGACCCUGGCUCCAUCUUUGGAUAUGGCUACGCAGGCUACGGCAAUCCCAGGACCGAUGAGAAAAACAUUCGGGACCCAAUUAUAUAUCCCCGCCAGAGGAGACCUGGGAAAAGAAAAACUCUGCCGCCGCGGGUGUCCCGAAAAGAACAAAUCAUUCAAGCAGAGCAGAGCGAGGACCUGGUCCCCAUCCGUCUCGACAUCGAUUGGGGCAAGAUCAAAUUAAGGGACACGUUCACCUGGAAUCUCCACGACCGCACGACUCCUAUCGAUUAUUUUGCUGAGAAGUUGGUGGAGGAUUUUGGUCUCGAGGUGCAAAAUUGUCGACCGCUUGUCCAUGCCGUGGCAGCCAGCAUGCGCGAACAAAUCAGCGAUUAUUGCCCUCAGAUUUACACAGAUCAAGAGCCAUCAGAACCUUCACUGCCUUAUUUUGCGUACAAGAACGAUGAAAUGCGGAUUCUGGUAAAGCUGAACAUCACAAUUGGCCAAAACACCCUCAUCGAUCAAUUUGAGUGGGAGAUCAACAAUCCGUACAACUCUCCAGAAGAAUUUGCUCGUCAAAUGACCAAUGAUCUAUCGCUCGCGGGAGAGUUCACCACGGCAAUAGCACAUUCCAUCCGCGAACAAUGCCAACUGUUUUCCAAGUCCCUGCAUAUCACCGGACAUCCCUUCGAUGGUCGUCCUGUUGAGGACCCAGAUUUGAGAGAAAACUUCUUGCAGUCGCCGUUACCGAGCACAUUCCGUCCUUACCAGUCAGCGAAAGACUAUACACCCUAUUUGUACGAGCUCAACGAAGCCGAUCUGGAGCGAACCGAGCUGUCUAUCUCGCGCGAACAGAGAAGACAGAAACGGUCCACCAAUCGGCGUGGAGGCCCAGCCUUGCCAGACCUCAAAGAUCGUCAGCGUACUAUUCGAUCGCUUGUCGUUUCUUCCGUCAUCCCUGGAGGUGCCCUGAGUCUGGAGGAAAGUCGUAUAUUCAGAAUCUCCAAAGCCAGUCGCCGAUCGGGGCGUGGGGCCGGACAACGAGAUGGUUUCGAAGAUUCCGACGAGUCAGACAGCGAGGAUUCCGCUCCAGAUUCACCGGCCAUUCCCACGCACUUGUUACAACAAGGAACCGCCCGCACGAGGGGCAUUAGAAACGCUGCUCUAACAGCAUCAGCAGGAAUUCGGUCCAAUCUAAGCGGAUUUGCCUCCGUCCGGUCUGCAACUCCAGAGUCCGUAACGCCAGGUCACCAUGAAGGCCGAGCCUCUGCCAGGAAGAGAGAUUACAAAGAAGAAAGCGACGAAGAGUCUGGGCCGGAGAAACUCAUUGUGACAUUGAAAGUAGGCAGGGCAAAACUUCGUGAAUGGCAACGCGCACAACGAGCCAGAGAUAGGGCGACUCUGGUCUCAAAUCAGGGCAGUCCGCGUCCCGACACUCAUUCAAGGUCUGUCUCUGCUGCCCCAUUGAACCUCGCCGCCAUGCCACCUCCUUCGCCGGUCCCAGAUAUCCGAGGUGCUGUAGAUGCUACACAUCAUCCUCCCAGUUCCACACAUCCUGCCCCUCCGCCACCUGACUGGCUAGUUCAAGAUUUGGAGCGACUACGGAAAUCCUACCCGAAUGAUCGAUUCGAGGGUAUCAUGAAGCAUACCGCCAUCGAUCCUAAAACUCAGAAGCUUGUUCCUCCGAACGAAACAAAUCAAUCUUUUCCACACAAAUAUAUCCCGAGGAUAAGGUGCCACGAUUGCCCGGGCCGGAUUUAUCUCCCCGAUCCAGACAACUUUGACAAUCAUCUGAGAAACACGAAACACCGAGCGAACGUGAAUGAGCGACUGGGAAAGAAAGGGGCUUGA